CGCACGGGACACAUCACUAGCUAAUACCGUCCCACGUGUGUGACCGAACAGAGAGUGUGUCGUGUUGUGUCAGCAACAAUGCCUUCAGUUCAGUAUCUGAGAGAGUUUAUCAACGAGCGACUAACUGCUGCUGCUGAACAAAUAUUCUUGGAGUUUGAAAAAACGAUCGUCCAGUACGAGGAAGAGAUCGACCGUCAGCGCAGACUGCUGGAUAUCACCUGGAAACCCGAAAUCAAGCUGCACAGGACAGAUGUCCCACAGCAGCAUUUCUGUAAGGAGGAGGAAGUUAUCGCUGACCAGCAGCUCUGGAACCAGGAGAGGAGCUCCAAUCUGGACCAAGAGGAACCAGAAGCUCCACAGAUUAAAGAGGAACAGGAGCAACUCUGUAGCAGUCAGGAAGGAGAGCAGCUGGUACUUAAGGAGGAGAUUCAUGCCUUUAUGGUGACUGCUGCUGAGGAAAGAGACCACAGUGAACCAGAACCAAAAAGAGACCAAGUCAACUGUGUCAGCUCUGCUGUAGCAGUGAGACAAUAUCAGGGAGGAAGGAAGAAAGAUUCACAAUCACGAAGAAAUAAAAAAAAAGGUCACAAUAAUGUAGAACACCAACCUACGCCAGACAUGCUGUCAUUGCAGCUACUACAUCACAGUACAGAACACACACCGAGAAGACCUGCUUCAUCAAUGAAAUUAAUUUCUUUUAAAUUUUAUUUCAUUUCAAGUUGUUUGUUUGUGCUCUGGUUCUGGACAGUAACCUUUCAUGUUUAAAGGUGUCUUAUAAGGUGCAUCCAUCAUUUUAAAAAUAAACAGCAGCAUGGAAAGGCCAGUGAGUGAUAAAAUAAAUGGAAAUAAAAUAUUUAUUUUAGAUUUGUGUUUCCGCAGAGUACAGCUUUACCUUGUGUUCUAGUUUGUUGCGUGUAAUCCUGUGAGAUCAGCCGAACCUCCAGCUGUCAGACUACACUGUGAUAAAUUUGAGAUUUUUUAAAAAUGUGCUAACCACUGCACCAUCAUGCUGCUUUUCCAAUUCUUUUAAUAAGAAUAACUUGAAAGCUAUUUUAGAUAUGAUUUUUUAAUGUUGAUGUUUAUAUCAUUUAUUUGUCUCAUUUUCUUUUGGUCAUUUAAUUCAUUGACAUUAGUUUUCUGUUACUUUUAGCUUUUUUGUAGAGUUUUAGACUCAAGGCGUGGUGGGACGCUCAUAUAUAGAGGUAGUUAGCAUUUUCAUUGAUGAUUUCUGUUCCUCUGCAAGUGUUAAAUUAAACAUUUCACCUGUUAAAAUCUCCUGUACUUACUGUAUUUGAGAAAAAAGUUUCUUGUCAGUCUAUCCUCGGUGAAGAGACAAUAACUCACAUCCUUAUUUAUUGGGUUGGGUUUUCUCUGGCUUCCUCCAUGCAGUUAGUGGGGUUAGAUUCAUUGUAUUCUUGCAGAAUGUGGGCAGCAGCUUUUGCAGAAACAUCUGUGGUCAUGUGACACAGUUCUGUCUUUCUGUUUCAUCCUUACCUCUGCUGCUGUGUGAACAAACAUUUUGAAGAA